AUGGUUAAUUUGGAAGUGUAUAGAAGCAAACUGGAAGCAAUUCGCCGGUACGCGCGGGAAAAUGGUAUUUCUGAAAUUGAAAUUGACAAUACUUUGAAGAAGUCAUUUCAAAUUCUUGAAACCAGAACGAAAAAAUAUGGUGUACCUUGUUGUAUAAAAACGAUUCUUGUAGUUUUCUUUAUGAUAAUUAUAUGUUUUAUGUCUUUUGAUCAGCGAUUCAUAGCAGUUAUGAUUAUGAGGAAUUUACAAAAUUCCAUUUAUCCAGGUCUAAAAUUAGUUAGAAAUAUAGCUAUGCCUAUAAUUCAGCAGUAUCCUUCUCUAUCUGAAUUUUAUGAUGAAUGGUGUAUAUUGGAAAAUCCAUAUUUUUAUGUAAAUGAUAUUGACUGUUGGCCUUGUAGUGUUAUAAACUUUGUACCUGAUUUAACUGGUCACCAUAUAUCUAGAUCCUUUAAUCCUGGAAUUCCUUAUAUAAAAACUGAAAAUUUAUCAGAAAUUCAUUUAAAAGAUCUAAGACACUUGUUCUGGGAUAAUUGUGAUAUAUUUGAAAAAGAUGCUUCAAAAGUGUUUUCCAACAACUUCACUUACAGGAAUAUUCGAGAUGUUAUAGAAGACAAGAUGGAUUUGCAUCCAUCAAAAAAUUUAGAUAAUCAUAUUACGUGGAGAAUUAAUCGUAUGACAGCAGGAAGAAUCGUAAGAAAACUUUUUCCUAAACCUACAGAUACCCCAAUUUGGUGGGAACAGAGUACAGAGAAAUUUAUUCUUAUCGACGAACAAGAAUCUCCGCCAUAUUCUUUGCCAAACCCAGAGUGCAGUAAUGUAGUAAUAAGAUCUACAGGUGGUACAAGAUUGAUAAAAAUGAUAGCAAGUCCAGAAUGCAGUGAAUCAUGUGAAUCCUUCACAGUAUUAUUAUCUCCUGGGAAAAUUUUAUGGUACAAUUGGUGGUAUUGGCGACCAAUUAGCUUUCCAGCUUUAAAUUCAACUAGUGUAUCCAUAAACUAUAUGAUAUCUUUUUGUUGAAUAUUUUAUACUAUCUAAAUCAUUUUUGUAGAAGUGUAACACUAAAACAUUUUUUU